CAUAUAUCCAAACCGAGUACAUUUGACGUGCCUCGGAAACAGAAAAAUUCAAACAUUCAUUUCGGCUGGAUUUAGCUUUCAAUAUGAAUCCUGGGUUCUCCUCUUAUAAGCAGUUCUAGAUAAAAGAACAAGAAACAAGAAAAAUCUGGAUUGUUAGUGCUAGUUGAACUUGUCGAUCUCUUGUAUUACUUGACAUGGGCUUAUUGUCUGUUAGUUUAUUAACUAUAGAGUAUUCGAAGCUGCAACAUAUCUGCAUUCGUAUCUUCCUAGAAUUUUUUUGAGCUUAGUCUUUACCUUCCAGCUGUUUAGUCGCAGUUCUUCAAUGAAUUUUGCUAUCAUGUUAGUGCGCUUAAUGUAUUAUAGUGUCGGAAGAUAUAUUCUCCACAGAAAUUUAAUUUUCAGUUGUUUUAUAGUAAGAUGGCGUCAGCUAGCUGUGGAAUUUCAGUAAUAUAUUGAGCCCUUGGAGCUGUAGAGUUUUUUGGCUUACCAAGCCGAAAAGAUGGCCUUGGCUACUUCUGGGAAUGUGGUUCUAGGCUCCCUUGCUUUCGCAAUCUUCUGGGUUUUGGCUGUUUUCCCUGCAGUUCCUUUUCUACCAAUUGGGAGGACUGCAGGGUCCCUCCUGGGGGCCAUGCUGAUGGUUAUAUUCCAAAUCAUAACUCCAAAUCAAGCAUAUGCUGCAAUUGAUCUCCCAAUACUUGGUCUCCUCUUUGGGACAAUGCUUGUCAGUGUCUAUCUCGAAAGGGCUGAUAUGUUCAAGUACUUGGGAAAGUUGCUCUCAUGGAAGAGUAAAGGAGCAAAGGACUUAAUUUUUCGAAUCUGCCUAAUUUCUGCCAUUUCAAGUGCGCUUUUCACUAAUGAUACCUCCUGCGUAGUUUUGACUGAGUUUGUUUUGAAAAUUGCGAGGCAACAUAAUCUCCCACCUCAUCCUUUCCUUCUUGCUCUGGCGUCUAGUGCGAAUAUUGGGUCUUCAGUAACUCCAAUUGGCAACCCCCAAAACUUGGUUAUAGCUGUUCAGAGUAAGAUAUCUUUCGGGAAUUUUCUAAUCGGCAUUCUCCCUGCGAUGCUCUUGGGAGUUUUUGCCAACAGUCUAAUUCUUAUAUGCAUGUACUGGAGGUUGCUAUCUAUUCCAAAAGAUGAAGAAGAUGCGGCUAUAGAAGUUGUUGCGGAGGAGGACCUGAAUUCUCAUCGCUUUUCACCAGCCACCAUGUCACAUUUUACAUCCUCGAGUUCUCAGGAAUGGAAGUCUACAAUGGAAGCUAUAAAUGUGCAAAGUCCUCCCGACAUAAAUAGGAGCAUGGGCCACGUCGAGACCAUUAGAAACCGAUUAACUCCCAGUGAGAAUGAUAUCCACAGUGUCCAUAGUGAUAUGUUGGAGUCCGCGAGAAAUUCUAAUGCAUCAAAAGAAGUGGCAAAUGAUGCAUCUUCUCAGAAAAGGGAAGAAACCACUACUUCACACAAUGCUGCAUCAGUGGAGAGACUAAGAGACGCACUUUCUGUACAGUCUUCAGAAGGGAAGGAAGAUUUGACCUUGAGAUGGAGAAGGAUGUGGAAGUCAUGCGUUUACCUUGUCACGAUAGGGAUGUUGAUUGCUUUGCUUAUGGGUCUGAAUAUGUCAUGGACUGCAAUUACUGCUGCACUUGCUCUCGUGGUUCUUGAUUUCAAGGAUGCUAGGCCAUGCCUUGCAAAGGUCUCCUAUUUGCUUUUAAUUUUCUUCUGCGGAAUGUUUAUCACGGUUGAUGGCUUCAACAAAACUGGCAUCCCAAGUACGCUAUGGGACUUAAUGGAACCCUAUGCACAAAUUGAUCGGGUUAGUGGGAUAGCAGUCCUGGCCAUUAUCAUUCUCAUCUUGUCAAAUUUGGCUUCAAACGUACCAACUGUUCUCUUGCUUGGAGGAAGAGUGGCAGCAUCUGCAGCUACAAUUUCCGCGGCUGAUGAGAAAAAGGCAUGGCUUAUUUUAGCUUGGGUCAGCACGAUAGCUGGGAACCUCUCAUUAUUAGGAUCAGCUGCCAACUUAAUAGUGUGUGAACAGGCUCGCCAAGCUGAUCCACACCUUGGGUACACUUUAUCCUUUUGGAGCCAUCUCAAAUUUGGAGUACCCUCGACUCUUAUAGUCACCGCUGUUGGUUUGGCACUUAUAAGAUGACUUUGACGAUCACAAGAAUUUGGAUAUUUUGUGUGUAUAAAAAAGUGUAAAUGUAGAUUGUCUCAGACUUGAGCGACCAAUAAUGUGAAUUGUGCACAAAUAUUGUUCAAUA